AUGGCUGAAUGUUUUUGUUGUUUUCGCUGCUGUUUUGACGGAGCCGGUUUUAGACACAUUCCGUUAAGAGAACUUCCUUUGGUCAAACUUGACACUUCUCAGAUGGGCAAUGAUGUGGUGAUUGUGAAGAAUGGUAGGAGGAUAUGUGGCACGGGGGCUGCUUUGGCCAAUGCACCACUUGUACAGGACAAAGCUUAUUUUGAGGUCAAAAUUCAGAGUUCAGGUUCUUGGGGUGUUGGACUUGCGACACAAAAGUGUAAUGUGAACAAAGUUCCUCAAGGGAACUGCACAGAAUCCUGGGUACUCAGACACGAUGGGAGAAUAUUCCACGACUCACAAGAAAAGGGAAAGCUCUCGGUUCUUCCUGAGGAAGGAGACAUUGUGGGGCUGUCUUAUGAUCACAUAGAACUGAAUUUCUUUGUCAACGGGACUUCAGCCAACUGCCCUAUUACUGGAAUCAAAGGAACAACAUUCCCCUUACUUUAUGUUGACGAUGGCGCGGUGCUGGACGUUCAGUUUGACAAAUUCUACCAUCAGCCUCCAGACAGCUUUAACCCCAUCAUGAUCGAGCAGUCUCUCUUAUAGACCACACACUUCACCUCGCAUGGGUGAUCUCCCUUUCAUGGGAAUAGAGGUGAAAGGUCAACAUACGACAUCCUGAGGUUGGAGAUUGGUGCUUUUAGUCAUCUUGGGAAAGAAGUGAUUUGAUGCAGUCCAACUUACAUUCUUAGGGAAAUACCAUUCGGAAGUGGGGGUGGGGGGCAAUUUGUGUUAUAUAUAUAUACAGUGUCAUACUUACAACACAUAAAGUAAAAUUGUAUUUAAAUUAUGUAUGAAUAAGAAAAUAUAAGCAAUUUGCUGCAGUCAACUUUACCCAGGAGGCAUGGGUGGCCAUGUGCCCUCCACGUUACCCUGUUAGUGUGCUGAGAAGGUGUCUGACAUAUCAGAAAACCUGGGCCUGGUUGUUCGAAUUCCUGGAUUAGCACUAACCCUGAGUUAAGUGCCUAACCCGAGUUAACUUUAAUCACUGAUUGAAAAAUGUGUUGAAGGAAUGUUGGUUAGCACUAACCACGAGUUAAAUUUAAUCACUGAUUGAAAAAUGCAUUGUUUGAACAUUGGUUAGCACUAACCAUGAGUUAAAUAUAUACCCUAACCCUGUGUUAAAGUUAAAGCAGCUCUGACCUGCGGGUAAAUGUCUAACCAGUGAUUAAGAGUGGCGAAUUUGAUUCCAUUUGUAUGUUUAGAUGAGUUUUAAAUGUAAAAUUGUGCUGAAAUAGAAUAUCGGCAUCAAUUACAGUGACGUCAAAUUCCCAUGAAAUGUUUUUGAAUAGAUGGUUCAUUAAUUUGAUUUGAUUUUAUUUUGGAUUGUGGGUAGUGGGAGGUUGGUCAAAUUUGGGAAACACAUCGAUGUGUAUGAACUGUCCUUUAUUAUUAAAAAUUCUCCAUUAAAUAACAGUAUGAAUAAUGAAAAGAAUCAGUUGUAAGACUGGUUACCAGACGUUUCGUCCCCAAGUCAGUUCUCCCCAAGUUGGUUCAACCCCAACGAAUAGGCAGUUCACUCCCAACUAUUUGUCAGUUCGUCCCCAACUAUUAGUUAGUUGGCCUCCUCACUCAUUAUUAUGUCAGAUAUUAAAUAUGGAUGGUUUUGGUGGAUAUUGUUUUUUCAUUAUACCAUGAGGAUCAAGAAAAAGGAACAGAUCUAAGCUUAGUGUGUUAAAUAUUAUAAGAAAAAAUGUAUGAACACCACAAAUAUCACAGUUAAUACAAAAGGGAUUUAAUUAAAUUGGUUUUAACGGUUAAUCAUGGAACUAAAAUAAAUUAGGUUGAUGUUUUGAUAAUACCAAACAGUGCUUUGACCCACAGAUGAUGGGGCCUCUAGGUGGUAUUCACUUUGCCCGCCCUUUACUAGUGGGAUUAACAAAUGGGGUCAGUUUCGGUCAUUAGUUCUGAAGCAUCGAGAAGAUAAUUACCAUUAGAAAAAGCAUACAGUGAUUAAAGUUAACUAUUAAUAUAUGGUUUGGUCAGUCUCAUUUUUUCAUUUUAUUUAUUUAUUUAAUUAUUUUAUUUUAUUUUUUCUUCUGGAUCCGGGGAUGGGAGAGAGUCCAGGGAUGGGGGCGAGUCCAAGAACGGGGGAGAGUCCGGGGACGGGGGUGAGUCCAGGGACGGGGGUGAGUCCAGGGAUGGGUGGCUGUCCAACUGAGUUGCUCCGGGUGAUAGUUGAUUUUUUUCUUCGUCUUCUUCUUCCUCCCCUUUUCUUAGUAUUCAUUAUUAUAAUUAUGAUCUAUUAUCAUUAGUUUACUUAGUAUUUUAGUCAAGUAAUGUGUGCCUAGGGAAGGCUGGUCCAGACUGGGUGGAUGCUUGCACAUUAGUUGGGUCUAUAUGACAAUUUUUGUUUAAUAGCAUGCCUGACAACACAAAAUUAUAGUCUGUGGCAGGGGUACUGUUUCUGUGUCUUAGUUUGCUUGUUUUAUUUCAUUUUUAUAAACCCAUUUUAACAUAAAUACAGGCAUGUUUAUAAACUAAUGUAAUAAAUGUAUAUUUUUAAUAUUAGGUUUCAGUCAUGCUGAAUGACCAUCUGUUUCCCUCCAAUUGUUUCUGGGUUCUUAAACACUAAAGGGCUUACAAAUUUGUGGAGUGGGUGGCAGAUGUCUUAACAACAUAUUUGUGUUAUUUUCAACCUCUGGACCAUGGAUUUUGAUUAAUUUCAAUCAUUCGCUGACCUUAAAAACUUAAAGGGCAUAUAGUUAACAAUAAAGUUUAAUUGUUAAUAAUGAAAUUAAGUAAACUUGUUUUCUCUUUCUCUUUGGACCAAAUGCCUGCUCUAAAAUGUGUCAGUAAUUUACAAAUGUGCAAUAGCCUCCUAUAUGUAGGCUGAAAUAAAUCUUCAUCAUACAUGUAAUGCAAAUCAUAUGCACACAUAUUUUUGUCGAACAAGACUAUUUUCAUAUUCUUUCUUUCCAUCCACUGUUAAACUAUGUCAGCUGUUAUUAGGCAUUCUUCAUCACUACAUACAUGUAGAUAUAAAAUUCAAAUUGAACAUUUUUAUCAGUUACACUAUCAUACUUUUAUAACAUCAGUAGAAUGCAGCAGACAUUACACAUCCGACUCCAUUUGGGUCAUAAAUUCUCACGAGACGUGACAACCUACAUGUAGGCUAUCUUGUGCUUGCUGAACGCGUCUUACACUUUUGUCCACUAUACAAUGUCGUUCGAAAUACUCAUUUGUCAGAUUUUCAAAAUCUUAAUUGUAAUAUUUUCCUGUUAGGUGACCCAAACCUCAUUCUCCAAGAAAAUAAUGUUAUAUUCAAACAUAUAAGCGUACGAGACGGGUCUUGGAAACAAUUCUCAAAUUCGGGUAAAAAACAAUAGAGAACUUCGGGCAAAAUGAGGUGGCUGGAACACUUAAUCAUGUACUUUCAUUAUUCUGCCAACAAUUUUAGUUGUAAUUCAUGUAAACAUGCGUGGCGAUUCAUUUGUAACCCUAUAUAGCUGUUUAAAAGUAAUGCUAAUAUGAAUAAACGUUGUGAUCUAAA